AUGCACAGAGAGGCCCCACAGAGUCAGGUAGGCAGCCUGCUCACAUGCCUAUCCCUGUCCCCGCGGCGAGCGUCUGCAUCCUCCCUGUCGUCUGAGUCCUCUGAAUCUUCGGAUGCAGGGCUCUGCAUGGACCCUCCCAGCCCCAUGGACCCCCAGAUGGCGGAGCAGACGUUUGAACAGGCCAUCCAGGCAGCUAGCCGGUUCGUUCGAAGCAAGCAGUUCACCAUCCGCCGCUUCCAGUCCUUGCCGGUAAGGCUUCUGGGCCACAGCCCUGUGCUGCGGAACAUCACCAAUGCCCAAGCGCCUGGCAGCUGGAAGAAGAGCGAGGCUCAGGACCAAACGGCCCACAGCUCCGAGGAGGAUAAGGAGAAUGAUGGAUUUGUCUUCAAGAUGCCAUGGAAGCCCACACAUCCCAACCACGCCCGCGCUCUGGCUGAGUGGGCCAGCCGCAGGGAAGCCUUUGCCCAGAGGCCAAGCUCGGCCCCCGACUUGAUGUGUCUCACCCCUGAGCGGAAGAUGGAAGUAGACGAGCUGAGUCCCCUGGCCCAGCGCUUUCCCCUGACCCCCACCAGGGGGGUUCCCGAAGAAGAUGACGGGUUUGUGGACAUCCUGGAGAAUGACUUAAAGGACGAUGAUUCGGUUCCUCCAGGCAUGGAGAGCCUCAUUAGUGCCCCGCUGGUCAAAACUUUGGAAAAGGAGGAGGAGCAGGACCUCAUCAUGUACAGCAAGUGCCAGCGGCUCUUCCGCUCUCCGUCCAUGCCCUGUGGUGUGAUCCGGCCCAUCCUCAAGAGACUCGAGCGGCCUCAGGACAGGGACCUGCCCGUACAGAACAAGCGGAGGAGGAGUGUGACCCCUCUGGAGGAGCACCAGGAGGCCGAGGAACCUAAAGCCCGUGUCCUUCGCUCCAAGUCCUUGUGCCACGACGAGAUUGAGAACAUCCUGGACAGUGACCACCGUGAGCUGAUUGGGGAUUACUCGAAGGCCUUCCUCCUACAGACUGUGGAUGGGAAGCACCAAGAUCUCAAGUACAUCUCACCAGAAACGAUGGUGGCCCUGCUGAUGGGCAAGUUCAGCAACAUCGUGGAGAGGUUUGUGAUUGUGGACUGCAGAUACCCCUACGAGUAUGAAGGCGGGCACAUCAAGACUGCUGUGAACCUGCCCCUGGAACAGGACGCUGAGAUGUUCCUGCUGCAGAGCCCCAUCACACCCUGUAGCCUGGACAAGAGGAUCAUCCUCAUUUUCCACUGUGAAUUCUCAUCUGAGCGUGGGCCCCGCAUGUGCCGUUUCAUCAGGGAGCGAGAUCGCACCAUCAAUGACUACCCCAGCCUCUACUAUCCUGAGAUGUACAUCCUCAAAGGCGGCUACAAGGAGUUCUUCCCACAGCACCCGACCUUCUGUGAACCCCAGGACUAUCGGCCCAUGAACCACGAGGCCUUCAGGGACAAGCUGAGGACCUUCCGCCUCAAGACCCGCAGCUGGGCUGGGGAGCGGAGCCGGAGGGAGCUCUGCAGCCGUCUGCAGGACCAGUGA